UGCACCAUCUCAGCCCACAGCGAAACGAGGCUCGACACUCACCCGCCAGCGAUGGCCCCAUGACCCCGGCGCUGCAUUGCUCGGCACUUCCGACACGUACAAUAAUCAGAGCCCGUGGUGCCCACCACACAACAAUGCCCAUGCGAUAGCCCAGCCGACAACAAUGUCCGCCCUUCUGUCCGCGCCCCGCGUGGUCCUCCUGGCUGUUCACCUUGCGACAAAGGCAGCCAUCCCAAGCCUCACUGCCUUGGCAGCACAGCAUCCGCAUGUGCUACACAAAGAGCUGCUGCUCCGCAUUCUCCUCUCGGUUCUUCCCGAGACUCUCGAGCCAAAUCACUAUGUCGGUCUUCUGGAGCGCAUCGAAUCUGGAGACUGGGAAUAUGACGAUGAAGCAAUGCCGCAGGUCGACACGGCCUCGAUCGACGAUCUAGACGACAAAGAUGCCACGAAGAAAGUACGGCGCCUGAAGUUGCUGCCUCUGGCGUGGGACGGCGCGCCAGCCGAGCUCCUCAACGACUCUUUCAGCCUCUUCUUAAUUCAAAGAGCACACCGCAUCGACGAGGAGGCUGGCCUUCUCACGCAGCUACCCGACUUGGUAGUGCCGUUCCUCGACCAUGCCCAAGCGUUACGCACAUGGUUGAUAUCAUCCUUGCUUCCACUGCUCAGGCGGAACUGCUUGUACUAUCCCGAAGCUCCAGUGGACGUUUCUCUCGCCGCAUUCCAAAAUCUUGACGACCGGAUAGCUGUCCAGAUGCUCCUCGACCAGACCGGGACACAAGAAAAACACAUCUCACUGGUGGGCAGAGAUCUCCGGGGCCUGGUGGGACCAUGGCUCUACGAUCCCACACACUGGACAAAUCAGCAUGCUGGCGAUAACCCCCCUAGUGAGGACGGAAAGAGACUAUGUCCAGCCUGGGAACACGUAUUAGAAUGGUUCACCACGAAAGCCAGUACAUCAUGGAAGGUGGUGGUCAGUGCUAUCGAUCAGUGGGAUGGCCCUGCAGAUGCUGAUCUGGGCGAGUAUGGUAGCCUAUGGUUUGAAGACGAAGAGCAGGGUUAUUUGGAGGGCCGCUAUGCUCGCGCCGUGCUGGCUUGUGCAUAUCUGAUCCCGGAAGCCUCCGUGGAUGCCCUUAUCGGAGUCAACACAAUCAUAAGCAAGGUGAUGAGCCUCCUCGACCAAGACGCGUGUCCGACGUUACAAGUAGCGUCGUCUCUGUUAUCGCCCUUCACGGACGUCACCAACGACCCUCUACUGGACCCCAAGAAUGCCACUUUCUUGAGGAACGAUUUACUUGAGGACUCGAAUCCUCUCACCACUCCCAGCGACGAAGCGACGAGGCUUCUGCAUGCGCUAACGCUGAGUGCUUAUAUACUCACAAAGACUGGAGCACCAUGCUCUGUGAGGAGGGCUGGCGAGCUAGCAUUCCUGCAAGACGAGCGGGAACAGAAAGCAGAAGCGAUGCGGAUGAUCCGCUCUUUCAGCAGUGUUGGUCCCAAGAAUGACGACAAAUAUUGGCUUAGAGCUCGGGACGAGCUUCUGUGGCUGCGUGACUGGGGCGCAGAAGAGGACUGGGGCGCUGCUCAAAGCGAAACCCGAGGUGUUCUGGGACAGCUCAAGAAAGAGUUCCUCGAGGUCGAGUGUCUCAAAGCAUUCUUGAGCAACACACGUUACUCGCUUGCGCGCUCGAUAUACGAGGAACCCUCUGACAAGAUUCUGGAUUCCACCGUCUUACGAGAUACUAUAGUCAACGCCGCGAUGGCCGCAUACGACAAUGCUACGAAUCCACAUCGGGGAAGGGGUGGAUUGUUGAAAUGCCAUGAUAUCAUACAUGCUUUUCCCGAAACCAUCCCACAGUCGUCACCAGAAGCUCGUCGCAUCGAGUCACUGCUCCGCGCCACGCAUGCACUCGGAGAAUAUCGCCUUGUGCUAAAGCAAGGGGAACCCUUCACACCUGUCGUACUCCGCGUGCACGCAGAUCCAGUAUCUAUAGUCCAGAAGGUUCUCGAGCAGAACCCCAAGAGCUACACAAAGAUCCAAGACUUUCUGGAAAUAGGAAGCAACAUGGUUAGCGCAGGGCUGGUCGCGAAGAAGGACCAGCCUGAGCACGUAAAGACCCGAGGGACACCUAGUCCUGGACAGCUCGACGAGCAGCAGCAGCAGCUGUCGGUAGAACAACGCAUCACAGCCAUGUGCGUUGACGCUGCGCUGACAGAAGACGACUUUGAGACGGCCUACUCGUACGUUGUGAACCGUCUCGCAACGAGCCGUUAUGCUCCCCCACAAACAAUCCCAAACAUCCCAUCAUCCAAAAGCGUCGCCGCCACUCCUCAGGACGACUACUCCUGGAAGGCAGCGCUUCAGGCCGGCCGCUACCGCCGGACCGAGAAGACCAUCCGGCCGACACACAUCGGCACGGCAUCCGGAAACCUCGACAUCCGCCACCUGGAGCAGCGCAUCGAGUGCCUCUCCACGGCGCUGCGCAUCGCGCCCGCGUCCACGCUCCAGGAGAUCCUCAACGUGUUCCGCAAGUGCGAGGAGGAGCUCAACGCGGCCAUCAAGGCCGAGGAGGCGAGCGAGUCGGCAUGGGACGACACCGGCGCCCAUCUGAUCGACGACAGCAACAGCACCCAGGCCAUGCCCGGCGGCUUCAGCAGCACCGUCCCCGCCGGCGUCGGACGCAGCGGGCGGCCCACGAGGCCCGGUCUCGCGGCAACAGCCAGCUCUGCCGCAGAAGAGGCCCCAAUGUCCCUGUUCGACUUGUCCCGCGCGAGCAUCGCCCGCGCCCAGCGAACGCUGCCUGCGCUCGCGAGCCUGCAGCGCGGCGGGAGCACGGCGAGCAACAAGAGCAACAAGAGCAACGCCAGCACGAGCCGCUUCAGUAUCGGCGGCCUCGGGAGCCUUGCUGGUGGCAUUGGCGGCGGCGGAGGCGGUGCUGCGGGGAGCGACAACGGGAUGAGCAGCAGUACCGGCACUCUUGAUGAUGGCAGCAGUGGGCACGGCAGGGCAGGCCCGCGCAAGCGCGACCAGCUCCGCGAGGCUGCAGUUGGCACGCUGGCCUCCGGCGUCGGAUGGCUGAUUGGUGCGCAGCCCGCGGCUGGUGCUGAUCGAAGACAGUAUGGUGAGGACGAGCGUGAUGACGAUCACGACUGAGAUGAUAGAUCCCGUGGGAGGAAGGGACAUUUAGCCGAGAUCUAGCUGCAGCGUUACGCGAUUCAAGGGUUCUCCUCUUGUGAAGUAUAAAGGCAUACAAGCGCUCAAUCAAUGACUGCGUUCACAAAAGAAUGGCGGUAUGAUAAGGUUUCUUUGAUUGCCUUCACUUUCGACUAUCUCGGUCUACAUUAUGUGAAGAUGAUAUAUGUAUAUAUAUAUCUCAUGCUAGCUGAAGACCUACAUCUUAUGGAUGGAAGGGGCUCCCAAGUCUGAGGCAACGGUGAAAUACGGGAGUUAGGAGAUUUGCGCGGGAUGAUGCUGCGACAUUGACGU